UUUAAACGACGAGUUCGAGAAGGAACGGCGAUGGUUAAGCCGGAGCUUGACGGCUCGGUCAAUUAUUACGAGUGUUUACAGGUUUUACCUACAGCAAGUGCGGAUGAUAUUCGACAACAAUAUCGGAAAUUGGCACUUCUUUAUCAUCCGGACAGGAAUCCAGGGAAUGAGGCGGAGUUUAAGCGGAAGUUUCAGUCAUUAAAUAUGGCAUAUGAGGUUCUUUCGGAUGCAGAAAAGAAAAAGUCAUAUGAUCGGGCACGUUUGAUAGUUCUUUCUAGUAAAAUUACUCAAAAUAAAAAGGAAUCAUCCUGUGGAAUGAAAUCUCCUUUUCGUUCUUCAUUUACAUCUUCUUUUGCACCAAAAACACCAGCACAUAGUAGAUCACCAGGAUCACCUCAUUCUUCCAAAUCAUCACCGAGUAGUAAGUCGAAAUAUACAAGUCAAUCUAAAAGAAGUGAAGAUAUAUAUGCAGGAUAUGAGAAUUGGUUUAGCAAAUCAACAAGUGCAUAUUCUUUUUUUUAUGAAAGAAAUUCACCUAAAUUUGAUCCACGUAAACCCUCAUAUACUUCGCCGUUUGGAUCACCUAUACCAAAAAAACAAGAUGAGGAAAAGAGUUUUGCAAAGGCUAAGGAUGAUGCUAGAAAAGCUGCUGCAUCAAAAUAUGCAGAAACAAGGAUGCAAUAUGAAAAAGAGAAUUUGAAAGAUAUCUUUAAGAAAAACACACAAACAUCAGAUGAAAAGGCAUCUAGUAAACAUACAUUUUUUGAUAUCAAAUCGAAAGCAGAACAUAAGGAUGAGGUAUGUUUACAGUCACGAGGUGAUAAUACAUUGAAUCAUCAAAAUAUUUUCACAGAAAAAAAGAUUCCUUGCGAAAAAACAUCUGAAUUUUUUUCUUUCUCCCUUAGUAAGAAAAAGGAAUCAGAAAAUACUCAACCUGCAGAACAACCAAUUGUAUUUGAAAAAUUUUCAAAUACUGAACUGAAUGAAUCCAGUUUUUCUUUUUCAUCAAUACCGACUGAUUUGAAGUUUGGGACACAAACAACUCAUGUAAAUGAAAUUUUUCAAUCAAAUGAUAGUAAAGAAAUUCGAUUUAACUCACUUAAAAACACUUUGAAACAAAACAAAAAGAGAAAUACAACUAGAUCACUUCGACAUUUAUCUUCACAGAUAGAAACAGGAUUUAAUCCUGUGUUUUCUACAAAAAUACCUGAUAACUGGUGUUCCAACAAGGAAACUUUUGAAAAGAAUAAUUCUACAAAGGAAAAUAAUGAAGAUUUGAACUUAAAAAAGAAGAAUUCUAAUCUUUUCGAUAAUAAUUUAGAGAAAAAUCCUACAUUAUCAUCUUCUAAAAUUUCAUUUACUAUAAAGAAACCGUCAUUUUUAAAAAUAGAGAAUCCUUUUGCAUUUGAUUCAUCAUCAAAAGAAAUCAAAAAAAAAGUUUUGUUAGACGAUACUUGUGAAACUUUCAAAAACAUUACUGGCACUUUUCAGGAUAGAUAUAAUGAAAAGUAUGACAAAAAGACUGAAAAUAAAUUUAAGCAUGUUUCUCAGAAAAGUGUAGAAAUUAAUUCUGCUGAUUCAAGUUUAUUAUCAGAAAGGGUUAAAAAAGAACUUGAAUCAUAUCGUAAUUUUAAAAUUUCAUAUGAAACAGAAAAAGCAAACAAAAAUAUUAACAAAUUAUCAAUCAAUAAAUCUCAUGUGUUAGAACAAUUCCAAGAUUUAACAUUAUCUGCAUCAAAAUCAUCUGAAACUAAUAAAAAAUCUGCAUCUGUUGAAACAUCUAAAAGUCCUUCAUUUAUUGAGUUUUCACGAUUCCAAGUAAAUACAGAAAAACACCUUCAAGAUUUAUGGAAUACAAACGAUGAUUCAAAUAUUCCUACAAACAUGGAAAAAAAGGCUAAAAUUUUAAAUAUUCCUGAUCUUCCGGAUCCUGUUAUACCAUUGUUGUCUCCCUCUAUUCCUAAUUGUUUUACAAUUUCUUCUUUUUCGACUUAUCUUAAAGAAAUGAUCAAGUAUCAGCAAAUAUGGCUGGGCUAUUCUUCUACAUAUUUAAAAUUUUUUCAAAAAUGGGACAAAUAUAAGGAAUUAUGUCAUCAAUACGACCUUUUAAAAGAUGCUGAUAUUUAUGAGGCAUUUGUUAUGGCUACAGAAAAGGAAGAAAAAAUUAGAGAAGGCUGGUGGUCAGAAGAAAAAAGAUACCGACAAGCAUUAAAAGAUUUUCUACAUAUUAAAAAAAGCUAUGAAUAUGGUCAAAAGCUUCCAUUUGGUGCUGUAUAA